GAGAGGGUGAUGAAUUUUAUGAGAGCAGCUUAGUUACGUCUUCAAUUUGGGAUUCUAGGGUUUUAAUGGGUAGGGUUUUUCUCGUUGAAUUGGAAGGCAGGUCUUACCGAUGCCGAUUCUGUAACAACAAUGUUGCUCUUGCCGAUGACGUUCUCUCUCGGACUUUCAAUUGCAGUCAAGGGAAGGCAUAUCUUUUCAGCAAUGUAGUGAAUAUAACAUCUGGACCCAAGGAGGAGAGGCUGAUGCUUUCUGGUAUGCACACUGUGGAAGAUAUCUUUUGUUGCUGUUGUGGACAAAUUCUUGGAUGGAAAUAUGUAACUACACACGACAAAUACCAAAGGUACAAGGAAGGGAAGUUUGUUCUUGAGAGAUGGACAAUAGUUGAAGAGAUGAUGGAAGACUUAAAUGGAGAUGCUCAUACUGGUCCAAGCGAUAUGGAAAAUCCUUAGUGAGUUUCAACCAUAUUCUCUCAGAAUAAGGAAAUUAAAGCGUACAUGUCAAAAGUGUUGUAUCUAAAAAUAAUUCUAGCGGCUGUAGAACUACUAUUGUAAGUGCAUGACCAUAAUCUAUAAUAUCAUAAGCUUUUUCUAGAA